CUCUCAGCGACUGAUGGCCGACCCGUCGCGCAUCGAUCCGCGCCUCGAGUUUGGCGUGUCCGACGCCUACUACUCCCGGGGCCCUUCGUUUUACGACGCCGCCCACCCUCAGCCCAGCGAUGCGGCCCUUCAGGCCAUCGCCACGGCCGCCCAAGAAGACCGCCGCGCCUCGACGGCCAGCUCUGCGUCUGUCGGCGCUGCUGCGGACCUGAACAGCUCGAGCAACCAGACAAAGCUUGGUCCGGACGGAAAGCGCCUGCGCGCAUGCGACCAUUGCCGCGCUCUCAAGGUUCGAUGCGAUCCCCAAGAUGAGAACGGGACCAUCUCCGAGACGCAUCCGUGCAAGCGUUGCAAAAAGUCCAAAAAAACAUGCAUCACCACUGCGCCAACUAAGAAGCGCACCAAGAAGGCUGACACGCGUGUUGCCGAGCUCGAAAAGAAGGUGAAUGAACUGACCGCUCGCUUGGGCGAUGCUCCGAUGCCCCCGUAUGCUGGACAUCCCGAUGUGCCAUUGCCUCAGGAUGCAUCGGACCCAGCUGCAGCGUACCCUGGCUCAACACGCCCCGAAAAGCGGAGGAGAACCAAUGAGCCGUCCGGAGGACUGAAUUCCAGCGAUGCACGACGGGAAAUCAUGUACGACGACCAUGCGGAAAUAGCUGCUGCCGCGCAUCACCGAGCUGAGGGGCGUCCGGGUCAGACUGAUUACUCAUACAUCUCGUAUGAGGUUGACAGAUGCAUGGAUCGUGAUGUUGCUGAACGUGUCAUCCACCGCUAUGUCAACGACUUGGCUCCCGCUUUCCCGGCUGUUCCUCUACCACAGGAUACUACGGCCGCCGGGCUUCGCACAGAGAAACCCCUACUCUUCUUGUCCAUCCUAACAGCCGCUUCUUAUGGAUGCGAACCAGUCGUGCCGGCAGACACCCAGCGCUACCUGGCUGAUUUGCUGCAAGGUUCAUUUGCUGAGCUUAUUUGGCGCAAACAAGAAAAGACCUUGGAGAUCAUCCAGGCGCUGAUAGUAGGUGUGUUGUGGUAUCGACCACCAGCAAUGUACGAGCAUCAUGCGUUUUACAUGAUGAUCAACGCCGCGAGUUCUAUGGCUUUGGAGCUUGGCCUUGGGAAGAGAGCUGGAAAAUCAAAGGCGAAACUCGGUCUGGGUCCAUUUCGCAGAUGUCUGCCAAACGCAGGGGGUGUCGAAGCUCGCAGAGCUUUCAUGGCAUGCUACUACUUAGGGGCAAACAUUGCCAUGAUACUUCGCCGACCUAUGUUCCUCCGUUGGAAUAAAUACAUGGAUGAGUGUGUCACGGAGCUAGAGACGGCUUCGGAUGCUCUGCCUUCCGACAAAAUCUUCUGUUAUCACCUCAAGCUAGCAGCUAUCGCGGAGGAUGUCGCUUCGCAAUUCUCCAUGGACGACCCAGCGGCAGCUAACAACCUUUCAGACAAAUUCAGUGAAAUCGCCCUCAGAAACUAUGACACGAAGCUAGAGUCUUUGCGUCAGAAGCGCCCUGCAUAUGCCAACAAUGCACUACUGCAAUUCUCAGAGAACGUCACUGGGCUAUUUGCACAUGAAGUUGCCGCGCAUCAUAACCAAAACGCAGACGAUAAUCCAGAAGAACCAGGGCGUCAGAACUUACUCAGCCCUGUCGCAAUAAGUUCGCUCCAAGAGUGCAUCAAGUCAUGUCAUGGCCUCCUCGAAAACUUUCUUUCUCUUGAUUUCGAGUCAUUCCAUGCCUUGCCAGUCAUAUAUUCCGUACGUGCCGUGUAUUCCACAGUAUGCCUCGCAAAACUGUGGGCAGAUGCAACGACUCCUGGAGAUAUCAGUGCUACCAUCACACCAGAGUCUUUACGUUUGGAAUUUUACUUCGAAAAUCUAAUACGCCGUUUUCUCCUUGCCGUAGAGAAGGACCCGCAAUCACCGCAUGCAAAGUUCCAUUACAUUGUCAUGGGCUUGAGAGAGAAAUUUACAAGCAUGAAGAGCGGCGGGGCUCGCCCAGCCGAGGCUGCUCAAACUCCAGCAGCUUCAGCGUUGACAAAGACCACAUCGACGGCGAAUCCACAGGAGCAAAGCCGUCACUCUUAUGCGAGCGGCAGUAGCGUUCCUAGCACGCAGACUCCAUUGCAUCUCCUGUCCGAAGUCGCUCAACAGGCACAGGCACCCCCCAUUCAACAGACCUAUUACGACAACGGAAUCGGAGGCCAAGUAAUGACCAACUACAGCUGGGACAUGGCUGGAUUUGGCAAUAUUGAUUUCAGCAGCAUCGGCAUGGAUGUUGAUCUGUCUGGCCUGUUUGGUGGCGACAUGGGAUACGAAGCCAACCAACAAUAUCUUCAAAUGCAGCCUGGACAGAUGUAUCCAGAGGCAAAUGGUAACUGGAAUGCCUAAUCUCGAAAUGGUGGGGGGGUUCCAACAUAGCUUUUCUGCUCGAGAACAUACAUCAGAAUGACUAUUAAUGGUCCGGCGCUAUCAAGAUAAAAAUCGACAUCGGAAUAGCUUAAUGACUAAUAGGCUAAGCCUCCUUCAUGUUCAUAUCAGAGAUUCGAGUACGUACGUACCUGAAAAUGCGCAUGAACCUCCAAUAUCUUACUUCCAGUCUGAGGUCGCAAGUAGAAUUUGAGGCAGUGAUGAUAAGGCCGUGACUGGAGCAAAGCUCCCUUCCCCAAAC